AUGCUGCAGUUGCACAGUUCAGAAAAUGCAGACGCACAGCCUUUUUGGGUUUACAAACUUGGUCCAGAAGGUAAUGAUCCAUUUGGAAACAAACAAUAUGAAUACGCUAUUGUCAGCAAUUGGGUAAAGUAUCCUGUUACUGUACUGGUUCGUGAUCCUGAUACAUUCAAAGCUAAAUAUGAAGUAGAAGUGCUUCGAUGGCUCGAAGACCAAGGCUUCAUAAAUGGUAUAAAGCAUUUUUUAUUUAUAAAAUUUAUUAUAAUACAGGCUUCAUUCGCGCCUUUAAUUUACUUCAACCUGCGUCGUAACUAUGGAAGCUGUCAAUAUGCCGACAACACCUUUGAGCUAUUUGGACGGAAAUAA